AUGCAUGUGUUCAAAUUGCUGACAACCAAACGGUCUAAUUUUAUCUGGCAUGAAUUAGGGGUACCUUGUGAUUACAAAAACAAGAACUUGGCUGUCCGCGUGGAAGAAUCUAGCCAAAAGCCAAACUAUCUAGCAAUUAAGUUCUUGUACCAAGGUGGUCAAACUGAAAUUGUCGCCGUUGAUGUAGCUCAGGUUGGUUCAUCGAAUUGGAAUUUCAUGAGCAGAAAUCAUGGUGCUGUUUGGGACACAAGUAGAGUUCCAACUGGGCCAUUGCAAUUCCGGUUUGUUGUGACAUCUGGUUAUGAUGGGAAGUGGAUUUGGGCACAAAAAGUCCUACCUGCUGAUUGGAAAAAUGGGUUGAUCUAUGAUUCCGGAGUACAGAUCACUGAUAUUGCACAGGAGGGUUGUUCUUCAUGUGAUGAUGGAAGCUGGAAAUAA